CUUUGAAUAGGGGCAUAGAUUGAUUGAUUUACUAGCUACUAGACCGCAACAAUGGACACCAUCUUUCUUCAAGGCUUCUGCCGUUGCCUCCGUCGUAUUAUCAUGUCCUCCGAUCGCUCCGACAAUACUAGGACUGCUGAGUCCAUUCCUCCUCCUGUCGAUUCCACUAACCACACCAUCAAUACCAAUACUACCCCUAAUACUGCUACUACCAAGUCUCCUCUUCUGUUGGCGGGUGAUGAGAUUUUGAUGCAAGGCAUUCUACCGCAUGUUGGUGUUGGACAGUAUGCCUUUAUUGGACCAGUCAACAAAAAGAUGAAUCAACUGUACAAAGAGUACUGCAAGGUUGAACUCAAGAAAAGUCCAAGAAGAGUACACAAAGAUAAACCGGACAACCCGCUAAUCGACAGACGCUGGAGAUCUGCAGAAAUCACCGACACUCUUGACAGCGAAACAUUCUGUAACCUGUCACGUGCAGAAUACUGGCUCAAGGACGAUUCUUAUUAUUCCACCCAUAAGGCACCUGAUCGUGAUGAUGUUGCCAAUGCAAUUGCCAAAUUUGGAAAUAUUACUCUCAUGCAGUGGGCACGACAACAAGGAUUCCCAUGGGAUGAACAGACAUGCUUCCUUGCUGCUUACAGUGGGCAUUUGGAAAUGCUCCAAUGGUUAAGAAAGAAUGGUUGUCCAUGGAAUGAGUGGACAUGUUCCUCUGCUGCUCAAAAUGGACAAUUGGAAAUCUUAAGUGGGCUCAUGAAAACGGUUGUCCAUGGGAUGGGUGGACAUGUGCAGGAGCUGCUAAAAUGGAUUUGGAAAUGCUCCAUGGUUAAGAGCAAUUGGUUGUCCAUGGCAUAA